AUGAAAUACUCCCAGAUUGCCACCCCUCUCCUCCUGGCUGGUAGCGCUCUCGCCGCCCCUCUCAGCAGCGUGCAGAAGGUCGAGAUCCGCGCGGAGAGCGCAGCCAGCAUGAUCAGUGCGAUCGCACCCGAUGCCUCCAAAUGUACAGACACGGCAUCGGAGUGCCGGACCGCGGAGCAGGCCGCGCCGUGGCUGAUCACCGCCCUGUCCACGUACGGAAUCAUAACGUACGGGGAGAUCGCCGGCCUUCUGGCCCUCAUGGCCUACGAGUCCGGUGACUUCCAGUACAAGCACAACGUGAGCCCAGGGCGCCCCGGCCAGGGGACCGUGAACAUGCAGACGUUCGACUACAACCUCGAGUACGCCGGCACCUUCGCGGAGCUCGACGCGCAGGUCGCCGCCCUGGGUACCAUCACGACAGACGCCCAGAAGAACCAGCUUCUGGCGCUCGUCACCGACGACAAGUACAACUUCGGGAGCGCCGGCUGGUACUACACGACCAAGUGCGCGAGCGUGCGCCCCGAGCUCCAGAAGGGCACCGAUGCUGGGUUUGCGGCGUACAUGGCAUGUGUUGGUGUCACCGUCACGGAUGAGCGAAACGCGUACUGGACAAGGGCCAAGCAGACUUUCGGCCUCUAA